AUGCAGCAGAUAACUUGGGAUAUAACGAUGCAACUUACCUACAAACCGGCCCACGGGAACGGGGAAGCAGUCCCGAACAUGCCGACACCACAUUUGACACCCGGCGCGACCGGGAAGCGCAGCUGCAGAUUGAGGCCUACUGGCGGAGGCACGGGGGAAGGACGUCCGCCUUCCCGCCAAAUGCUAAAAGCCGCAAAUGAGCACAAACCGCUCACCCCCCCUAUGGUCCGGUGGGGGAGAGCCCAGGGCCCCACAUCGAACGACAGGCUCAGCAACUCUAAGCAAUAAGGAGCCGCGGGCCUCCAAGAUCACUCUCUGGUCCUGACAGUGCCAGAUAAAAGACAGCGUCAUGGUGAAGAAGCAGGCAGAGGGGAAUGUGCAAGAGACUCUCUCACAGCAAUAUUUGACCGAUUCUGGGCCAGACUGCAGGCGCACUUAUACCCUGAGGUGCCUCACCACCCACAGCCCAAACGAGACAGAGACGAUGGUAGUCGGGUUAUUGGGAACCCUCCUCAAGGCAAAUCUAAACCCUACGCUACAGGCCCCAGCAUCCAUGGCCCUCCCGGACUAAGGGCAGCAGGGGACAAACCCCAGAGGUGCCAGCCACACCGGCGGAGAACACACAGAAUGGGAAGACUCUCCUCUCCACCCCAAAAGGGUCGACCCUGGACCACAACAGUUCCCAGGCUCGUGGCCUACGAGCACCGACCUCCACACAGUUCCGGGGCAGGAGAGAAAACCCACCUACGAGACACCACGGCAGAAGCGGACUCCCAGGGUGAACCACAAAAAUGGAAACAAACAGAUGACAAGCGAUCGUCGGGCAGGCGGCGACACGGCUGUACUCCAGGAACGAGCUGGGCGCAAGGUACUCCGAUGCAGACCGCGCCUGCCUGGUUGCCCAACUCCACGGACGGCACCUACAGGGGAGCACUGGUCAGACAGCGCUGGUAA